ACUGAAAUGACACACGUGGGUGCAAACAUAACCUUUAAUGUUUCCGUGAAAAAACUACUAAACAUCGAGACUGUCAAAUAAGUGCAACCGAAUAGAAUGAAAGAAACAAUCGAAAAUACCGCGCAAGCAGGAAAUUACGUUAUAGUGGAAAAACAAAAUUAUCGUAAAUUGUGCAAAAUAACAGAAAAUGGAAUAUUGACAUUGGGUAAAGAGCAAAUCGAGAUGAAAGGUAUGAUCGGGAUGCCUUACUGGACAACAUUCAAGAUGGUACAAUCAAAGUUGAAUAAAAAAACAUUCAUUCUUGAGGUUGCUCCGAAAGCCGAAACUUCCUUGGAGCUGAGAAAAAAUUUGACGAGUGGCACUGACAAUAGAACCAUUAUUGACGACGGUACAUCACAGAAAUUGUCGAAAGAGGAAAUUGAGGACCUUCGAGAAUCCGGCAAAUCAAGCAACGAGAUUGUCGAAAGUCUAAUCGUUAAUAGCAAAUCAUUUGCUGCCAAGACCGAAUAUUCACAGGACAAAUAUAUUAAAAAAAAGGAACGGAAGUAUUUUAGGUACUUGACAAUCCGUCGACCAACCAUAGAUUUGCUCCAAGAAAUUUAUUUCAAACAAGAUUAUGCGAGAAUCAAUUGUCUGCGCAUGGAUUCCUUAGCUCAGAUACUCUCCUACAGCGAUAUUAAAGCAAGCGGUGUCUACAUGCUCUACGAUAGCGGUUCUAUGGGAUUACCAGCUGCGGCAAUGUUAAAUCGAAUAGGAGCUGAUACCGACGGUUCCAUAAUUCAUCUGCAUCCGGGCAAUCAGCCUCAGACGACUCUUGUACAAGCGAUGAACUUUUCUAAAGAGCAACUAGAACGGCUGUUGGCUGUAAACCUCUACAGUUUUUUAAGACUCCAUUAUCAAGGAGAAGAAGUAAUUAUGGAAGAAAUUACCUUAAAAUCAUCUCUUUCUGAACCUAUAAAAUUUCCUGGCAUAGAGAAGGGAAUGAUGGAAAACAAUACUUCAAAAAUGGAAGAGACUCCAAAUAUGGAGCAAUUGAACGAACCACAAGAAAAUUCAGAAGCUAGUGAAACAAUCAAUCCUCUGAAGCGAAAACUAUCCGAAGAAAGUGACACUGUUGUCAAAAAAAAACCAAAGUGGCUCAUGGAAACCAGCAAAGCUGUAGAACUCUGCAAAAAUAAUAAGCUAGAAGGUCUUGUUAUCAUCGCCAAAGAGCAUCCACUAAACAUAGUAAAUGCGCUACUUCCGUUCUUGGGAAAUUCAAGACCUUUUGUCAUCUAUCAUUGUUAUCGUGAACCCCUUCAAGAAACCUACGUUGCUCUUAAACAACGACGUGAUAUUAUUAAUCUACGGCUGUUCUCCAAUUUCUUACGAUCUUAUCAAGUUUUGCCAAACAGAACACAUCCCGAUAUAUUAACGAGUGAUCUUGGAGGUUACAUACUGACUGGUUAUUUAGUCGACUGAUGUAUUAUUUUGGCAAAAUAUUUUAUUACUGCGGAAUUUCAUAUUUGUACCAAUCAUUAAAAACAUUUUUUACCAGCUA